AAGCCAAAAUUUAUGGCUAAAAAUAUGGUGAAAAGCGCCUACUGGCGUCAAUAAACAAUCUCAUGUUGGUAAUUUUGUUUUGUUUAUGUAUUUUUCAAUUUUACAUUGAACUUUUUUAUGCAAAUAGAUUGCACCGAAAAUCACCAUGUUUCCAGUGAGGAAAGGAGGAAAACUGACUACUUAUAUGAAUCUCUCUAGAUUCUGUGUUUCAAAUGCUGCAUCUUUUCACGAGGAUGAAGACUAUGAAAGAAUGCCCUUUUUACCUCAACCAAAGAAACCCGCUCGACCUAAGCGUGCUGCUAUUUAUAGAAAUGUUAUGCCUCCUCGAUACUUGCAAAUGGCAACAAAUCAAAAUUGGAAUGAUGUAUGGCCAGCCGCUAAAUCGUUUAAUCCGUCCAGUGUACCUUUACCUGUUUUUAUGGGCUGGUUAAAGGGUCAACCUAGGCUUGGGAAAUUCAACAACCCUGAACUAGUCAAGAUUCCCAAUUUCUUUCAUUUGACUCCUCCAAAUAUCAAAAAACAAUGUAUGGCUCUGAAAAAAUUUUGCAGUCCAUGGCCAGAGGGACUUGAGACGGAUGAAAAAAUUGAGAAACAUUUUCCUGUUGAAAUAGUGACAAGAGAUUAUUGUCAUGCAUCACCUACUAUAAGAGAUCCACGAGCUCGAACGAUAACCAUGAGAUUUAAAUUAUCACAACUGGAAUUGGAUGAUCACAGUAGGGAUAAAAUAAUUCGUCUUUUGGGCAAAAGAUACAAUCCUUUAAACGAUUUAGUCACUAUUGAAACCUCUUCGUGUCCUUUCAAAAAGCAAAAUAUUGACUAUGCUUUUUACCUAUUAACAGUUGUUUACUAUGAAUCAUGGAAAACCGAAUCUUGGGAAGAACUGAAAGAACCUCAAGACUGGGAAAGAUUCUUUUUUGAAAAGAGCUCAUCUCGAAAGAAAAUUUUAGAUUUUCUAAAGACGGUAGACAUAAAUGCUGAAACUAAAAAGGAAGAUAUUAAGGAAUACGAAGAAGCAAUCAAAGAUAUCGUAGAUAAUCAAGAAAAUGAUGAAACAGUGGAUGCUUAUGGAAGAAGUGUCGCUAAAUUAUUAUUUAGUCAAGUAAAAUAAAAUACAAAAUAUUGUUUAUGAAAUUAAAUGAAGCUUUAAUGAGUUCUGUAAUGAAUAAAAAUCUCCAAGUUUAAAUACAAAUUAAAGUAAUCAAAUUUUAUCCAGAACAACCUCGACAGCCACAGUUAUUACAUUGUAUCGGUCUAUUUUCAUCUAAUUUUUCUUUUGGUACUCUACAUAUACAAUUAGUUCCGAAAUUUGUGUCCUUUACUUGGAUACACCUUAAACAACACAGAUUUUCAUAUCCAGGUUUCUUCCAUUUGGCUAUCAAAGCUUUAUCAGCCAACUUUUGUUUAACACAAAACUCGAACAGCUCUUUAGAAAUGGCUUGUUUUUUGUAAAAUAAAUCGAACAAAUACCUAUUCCUCUGAUUAUGGAUUUUGAAAAUAGGCCAUAGACUUUCAGUCCGUCUUUUACCUUCAUGAGGUUCUCUUUCGGCUUCCCUCAUCUUUGCUUCCAACUCCUCGAAUGUUGGUUCAAUUAGGUCCCAUCCAUCAGGUGGAGUGCCUCGAAUCCGAA